AUGCGAACAUCCAUUUAUUAUGAUAAUAUUGAUAAUGUAUCUGAAAUAUUAGCAAAAUUUUUUAACAGAUAUACAGAUUCUCAUAUUCUAGAAUGGUGUUUAAAUAAAAACAUUAUUGAUAUUAAUAAUAUAAAAAAUAAUAUAUUAAGGCCAAAAGAUCGUAACUUUCAAAGGUUUGUUGAUGCAGUAACCAACCGGAACGUUGAUCCUACCCAAAUUACACCAACUUCAAAUGUCCAAAUAUAUCAAAAAAUCUUUCCUGAUGAUCGUACGACACUCGUAACUUUUAUGAAAUUCGUUCUUGGAUUAACUUAUCUUUUAUUAGAUAAAUCCGGAAAUUUACAUGUUGAAGAUAUUUAUCCAUUUAUUGGAAUUACAUACUUUAUAUAUAAUAAAAUAGAACAUUCUUCAUUAUUUAAUUCUAAUCCUAAUAAUAAAGCUCUUAUUUUACGAGACAUUCGUAAUUUAUGGAGUAUAUUUCUUUUUAGAAAGACGAAUAGUCAUACUAAUUUGAAUGGUGAAUGGGACGUUCUAAUUCAUGAAACUCAUUAUCCAAUUUUUAAUGAUUCAAGUAGAGUGGAUUUAACACCAGCAUUUAAUAUUAUAGAUCUUGGUAUUUCUCAAACUUCAAUACCCUUAUCAGUUUAUAUUAAAAAUUCGUUAAUUCAAGUACUUAAUGAUAUAAUUAAUAUUUAA